UUACUUGUUACAGCCUUUCUUCGAUUUUCUGCCAUUUUUUCACCUCUUUUUAAUCCUCCCUCCUCCUCCUCCUCCUCCUCCUCUCAAGUCGUCACUCUCUGGAGUUCUUCGAUGGCUCCCAGCUCGCGCGACAUCCAAUUGACGGCGGGCGGCGGCCGCCGGGGCAUCUCGUUGAGGGACGAGGACGGCGGCGACUUCGAGGGCGUCCGCCUCCUCGAUUCCUACGACGAGGAAGCGGCGGCGGCGGAGCCAGCGGGGACCGGGAGGGGGGAUUCGGAGAAGGAAGUGAGGCGGAUUCAGGUCAGGGUCGUCGGGAUGACGUGCUCGGCCUGCACCAGCGCGGUUGAGGGCGCGAUCUCCGCCCUCCCUGGCGUCGUCCGGGCCUCCGUCUCCCUCCUCCAGAACAAGGCCCAUGUCGUGUUUGAUCCCGCUCGCGUAAAGGAUGAAGACAUAAGAGAUGUGAUUGAAGAUGUAGGAUUUGAAGCCGAACUUCUUCCAGAAUUUAAUAAUAGCCAAACAAGGUCCCAAAAGACCUUGACUGGGCAGUUCAGGAUAGGAGGCAUGACUUGUUCUGCCUGUGUAAAUUCCAUUGAAGGUAUCUUGACCAAACUUCCUGGGGUGAGAAGAGCUGUUGUUGCUUUGGCAACCUCGUUAGGAGAAAUCGAAUAUGAUCCCUCAGUCAUUAAAAAGGAUGAAAUUGUUUCUGCUAUUGAGGAUGCGGGCUUUGAUGCUUCUUUUCUGCAAAGCAGUGAGCAAAAUAAAGUUUUGUUGUGCGUUGAUGGACUCGCAAGUGAAAUAGAAGUACGGGAUAUACAAGGAAUACUAAGGAAUCUGAAAGGUGUGUGUCAGUUUGUGGUGAAUUUUAGCCUUUCAGAAGUGGAAAUCAUCUUUGAUCCAGAAGCUGUUGGUUUGCGGUCGAUUGUUGAUUCCAUUGAGAAAGGAAGCAAUGGUAAGUUAAAGGCACAUGCACAAAGCCCUUACACACUAGCUACUUCAAAUCAUGUAGAAGAAUCCUCAAAAAUGCUUCGGCUUUUUCUCUCCAGUCUGUUACUCAGUAUUCCUGUCUUCUUCAUACGGAUUGUUUGUCCUCGUAUUGGUUUAUUCAGUUCUUUCUUGCUCAUGCACUGUGGACCUUUUCUAUUGCGAGAUUUAAUCAAAUGGGCGCUAGUGAGUAUUGUUCAGUUUGUUAUUGGUAAAAGAUUUUAUGUGGCAGCGUAUAAAGCACUAAGACAUUGGUCUAUGAACAUGGAUGUUCUGGUUGUACUUGGGACUUCUGCAUCUUAUUUUUAUUCAGUUGGUGCACUGUUGUAUGGCACAUUUACUGGCUUUCAUCCUCCAAUAUAUUUUGAGACAAGUGCUAUGAUUAUUACAUUUGUUUUGCUUGGGAAAUAUUUGGAAGUUGUUGCCAAGGGUAAAACAUCAGAUGCUAUCAAGAAGCUGGUUGAACUUGCCCCUGCAACAGCUAUGUUGUUGAUCAAAGAUGAAGAAGGGAGAUAUAUAACGGAAAAAGAGAUAGAUGCACUCUUAAUUCAACCUGGUGAUAUCUUAAAAGUUCUUCCAGGUUCAAAAAUCCCUGCUGAUGGUAUAGUAGUUUGGGGUACAAGCUAUGCUGAUGAAAGUAUGGUCACUGGUGAAUCCAUACCAAUCCCCAAAGAAGUUUCUUCUACUGUUGUUGGAGGUACAAUGAACUUACACGGUGUCAUUCAUAUUCAAGCCACAAGAGUAGGAUCUAACACAGUUUUGAGUCAGAUCAUUUCUCUGGUGGAGACUGCCCAGAUGUCCAAGGCUCCAAUCCAGAAAUUUGCAGAUUAUGUUGCCAGCAUCUUUGUUCCCAUUGUUAUCUCCAUCUCCUUGUUGACAUUCUUGGGAUGGUUUUUCUGUGGAUUAUUGGGAGCUUAUCCUGAUUCAUGGAUCAAGGAAAGUAGCAAUUGUUUUGUUUUCUCACUGAUGUUCUCAAUAUCUGUGGUGGUUAUUGCUUGCCCUUGUGCCCUUGGUCUAGCAACUCCAACAGCAGUCAUGGUAGCUACUGGUGUUGGUGCUUCUCAUGGAAUCCUAAUCAAAGGAGGUGAUGCUUUGGAGAGAGCUCAGAACAUCAGCUAUGUUAUCUUCGAUAAAACAGGAACUCUCACCCAAGGAAAAGCUGCUGUUACCACUGUAAAAGUUUUUGCAGAAAUGGAACUUGGAGACUUUCUCACUUUAGUUGCAUCUGCAGAGGCUAGCAGUGAACACCCUCUUUCUAAGGCAAUCCUAGAUUAUGCCUAUCAUUAUCACUUCUUCGAUAAGCUCCCUACAAGUGAUGCCGCAAAGCAGAGUAGAGAUCAAAUCUUGUCAGAAUGGCUUCUGGAAGCCAUCGACUUCUCUGCUCUUCCUGGGAGAGGUGUGCAGUGCUUGAUCAAUGGAAAAAGAGUCCUGGUUGGCAAUCGAGCUUUGUUAGCUGAAAAUGGGGUCACUGUUCCUACAGAAGCUGAAAAUUUCUUGGUUGACUUGGAAUUGAAUGCUAAAACAGGUGUUCUUGUGGCAUAUGAUGAUAGUUUCAUUGGAGCCCUUGGGAUUGCAGAUCCCCUAAAACGAGAAGCAAUGGUUGUUGUACGAGGCUUACAGAAGAUGGGUAUCUGUCCAGUCAUGGUGACUGGCGAUAAUUCAAGGACUGCACAUGCAGUUGCAAAGGAGGUUGGAAUUGAAGAUGUCAGAGCUGAAGUAAUGCCAGCGGGAAAAGCAGAUGUGAUACGCUCGCUUCAAAAAGAUGGAAGCAUAGUCGCAAUGGUUGGUGAUGGCAUAAACGACUCCCCUGCUCUUGCAGCUGCCGAUGUCGGAAUGGCCAUAGGUGCUGGAACAGACAUUGCUAUCGAAGCUGCAGACUACGUCUUAGUGAGAAAUAACCUUGAGGAUGUGAUCACUGCCAUCGACCUCUCAAGGAAGACCUUUGCUCGGAUCCGGUGGAACUACUUCUUCGCAAUGGCAUACAACGUCAUUGCGAUUCCUAUUGCAGCUGGCCUCCUUUUCCCCCUCAUGGGACUUCGAAUGCCGCCAUGGUUGGCAGGCGCUUGCAUGGCUUUCUCGUCUGUAAGUGUCGUCUGCUCGUCUUUGCUUCUUAGAAGGUAUAGUAAACCUAGGCUCACCACAAUAUUGCAAAUAACAGUAGAGUGACUGUGUGAAUCUCUUGUUGUGCUUUUUACUACAAGAAUUUUCUUGCUGUACGAGUGCCGUCAAGAUCUUUGAAAAGAUCAAAUAGAGGACCAGCCAUGCCAUUAGCCAUGGAUGGUCUGCUUGUUCAUAGAAUUCAACUCUAAAUUGAUAUAUGAUAUUGCCUUGUUUUCCCA